GAUAGCGAUCAAGAAUUUGAACAUUUGCUUAAAGAACACGAGAAGCAGUUGGACGAAGAGGAACGCGAGAAGGAGGAAAGACGAGCGGCACGAAGCAAGAAAAAAGGAGGGAAGAAAAAAAAGAAAGGAGAAGACGGUUACGAGAAAUUAUUCGUGAGUGAGGAUCGACGCAGUCCUCUUAAAACGGGUUCAGAUGAUCAGGUGGAAACUAGGCCAUGA